UGGGGUGCGCACGUGUCCUGAUCAGAUCUAUCGGGACUACCCGGGUGCAUCAGAUCAUGGGGUGCACGCAGGCCCUGAUCAGAUCUAUCGGGUCUACCCGGGUGCAUCAGGUAAUGGGGCGUCGCCCGGUGAGAAAGAGACGAGACCCAUUGUGCAAGGAGGUGGGUGAAGGUGUGGAGCUUGUGGGAGAUGAACCCUUCUCGUAUGAUGUCCGCCGGAGCAUCCCUGGCGAGGUCGCUCUGUACGGCAGUUAUGGAGGCUGCGGCGGAGCUGGCCGUGCCUCUGAGACAUGGGAAGAAAGAGAGGCUUUACCAUCGUUUGUCUGCUUUGGCAGCUACCGGUGGGAGCGUGUCGCAGGUUUUGAAUCAAUACGUUAGGGAGGGUAGAAUCAUCAAGAAAAUUGAGCUCCAGGCCUGCGUCAAGGAGCUCCGCAGGUACGGCAGGUUCCAGCACGCUCUCGAGAUAAUCGAAUGGAUGGAAAAAAGAGAUAUUAAUAUUUCAUACUCUGAUUAUGCAAUAUGCCUGGAUCUUAUAUCAAAAACCAAGGGGAUAGCUGCAGCUGAGAGUUAUUUUAGUGGCCUCUCACCACCUGCAAAGAACCUGUUAACUUAUGGAGCUCUGUUAAACUGCUAUUGCAAGGAAAAAAUGACUGACAAGGCAUUGGCUCUCUUUGAGAAGAUGGAUGAAAUGGGCUUUGCUUCCACUUUGGCUUUUAACAAUCUUAUGUCCCUAUCUAUGAGAUUGAAUCAGCCUGAAAAGGUCCAUCCCUUAGUAGAUGAAAUGAAGAAGAGAGGCAUCCCUCUAGGCACAUUUACCUAUAAUAUAUGGAUGCAUAGUUGUGCUUGCAUGAAUGAUAUUCAGGGAGUGGAGAAUAUUUUGGAGGAGAUGCGAAAUGAAGAUGAAAGCAAGUGUGAUUGGACAACACACAGUAAUUUGGCAGAUAUAUACGUCAAGGCUGGGCUCUUUGAGAAAGCUGAACUAGCUCUUUUUAAGUUACAUGAUAUGAAACCUCGAGAUCGCAAGGCUUACCAUUUUUCAAUUAGUUUGUAUGCUAGUAUGUCAAACCUACAUGAGGUUAAUAAUGCAUGGAAUUCCCUGAAGGCGGAAUUUCCAACGAUGAACAAUUCGAGCUAUCUUACCAUGCUUCAGGCUCUUGCAAAACUGGAUGACACUGAUGGCUUUAAAAAAUGCUUCGAGGAAUGGGAGUCGUGUUGCUCCAAUUUUGAUUUAAGGUUAGCAAAUGCUGCGAUAAAAGCUUACCUGAAAUGGGACAUGGUUAAAGAUGCCCAACUGGUCUUUGAUGAUGCUACUAAAAGAUCUUCGAAGCCCAAUAUUUGGGCACGAGAGUUGUUCAUGGAUUUCUUUUUGAAGAAUCAUCAAAUAAAUUUGGCUAUGGGGCAGAUGGAAGCAGCUGUUUCUGAAGCCAAAGGCACUGGAUUGCGUCCAACCUCAGAAACAGUGAGCAAGUUUCUAAAAUAUUUUGAGGAAGAGAAAGAUGUUGAUGGUGCCGAGGAGUUUUGCAAGAUGCUGAAGCAGGUUUAUUUUUUAGAUUCUGAAGUGUACCAUUUGCUACUUAACAUUUACAUAGUUGCUGGCAGAACCGCACCAGAGAUGCACAAGAGACUGGAGGAAGAUGGGAUUGAGAUCAGUUCUGAGCUGGAGAAUUUGCUUGAAAGUGUAUGCCCCAAAUAGAUUGAUUAUAGUGUCGUGGGUUUAACUUCCUUUAUUCUAAGGCACCCCUUGAGUGUUGGUUUAUCAAAUUUUUGUCAGCACAGGGAGGCUUUUCAGGAAUUCUUUGUGUUGGAUAUUGGAAUGAAAGUCUAGGGGCUGAUGGUUUUAACAUUGCCUUAUUGUCGUUAGCAGGCUUCUUCAACAUGCAUCUGAAUUAUAAUUGACAAUUUGAGGGAAUACAAUUUAAUCAUUACCCAAGAGUUUACACUGUAGAUUUCAGAUGGUUUGAGCUAGUGAAAUAUAUGUUAUGCGAAGGGAUGGCUAUCGUUACCAAGUAGUUUAGCUUGGAAGGGUGAUGGUUGUAGUUCAGGCUUAAUGGACCAUUGAGAAGUACAAAUUAUAUUAAUUAAUGUGAUGUGGUUCAGUGUUUCUUUCUUAAAAUGUAACCCACAGCAAACUAUUGUUUUUUUAUUUAAUAAUGUAAUAUUGCUUUUAUUUUA